AUGGCUGAUAACGCAGAGGCGGGCAGCGAUGCCCAGAUCACCUUCAGGGUCAAGACGUCACAGGAUGGCACGCACACCAUCACCAUGGCCGAGUCGGCCACCGUCCUCGACCUCAAGACGAAGCUGUCUACGGCCGAGUUCGAGAAUAUCCCCGUCGACCGCCAGCGCCUCAUCUACUCGGGCCGCGUCAUGAAGAACGACGAUACGCUGGCCACGUACAAGAUCAAGCCCAACAACACCAUCCACAUGGUCAAGAGCGCGGCCAGCAACCCCAGCCAGCCAGCUUCAUCGUCUACCCCGCCGCCAGCCGCUGUGCCAACCAACAUGGCCUCUGGUACCGCCAAUAACCCUCUUGCUGGCCUGACUGGAGCUAGAUACGCUGGCCACCAGAUCAACCUUCCUGGAAUGGACAUGUUUGGCCCAGACGGCGGCAUGGGACCCCCCAUGGACGAAGAGCGACUGCAGCGCAUGAUGUCCGACCCCAACGUGCAGCAGUCCAUGAACGAAGCGCUGAACAACCCGGAUUUUAUUAAUAUGCUCAUCGAUUCGAACCCCAUGCUUAGGAACAUUCCCAACGCUCGAGAGCUCAUUAAUUCUCCCUUCAUGCGACAGAUGAUGAGCAACCCGUCGAUGAUGUCGCAAGCUCUGCGGAUGCAGCGGAAUAUGGGUCGAUCCGAAUCCGCAUUCCCUGCUCCUGGAGCAACGGAUACGACCCCGGCUGAUGCGCCUGCGGCCGAUGGCACAGCUGGCCAGGGAAACAACCAGCAGCAGAACCCAUUUGCGAACCCUUUCAUGAUGCCAGGGCUUAUGGGCGGUGCAGGUGCAGGACAAACCCAGGGCGGAGCGGCGGCGGAGGCGAACCCCUUUGCGGCCUUGUUCCCACCACCGGCAGCCGGGGGAGCCAAUCCCUUUGCUCUGUCCCCGGAACAGUUCCAGCAGAUGAUGCAGGUGUUUGCCCCGCAAGCGGCCCCUUCACCACCAGACAACCGGCCGCCGGAAGAGCGCUACGCAGAGCAGCUCAGACAGCUAAACGACAUGGGAUUCUUCGAUUUCGAUCGAAAUGUUGCAGCGCUGAGACGCAGCGGAGGAAGCGUGCAAGGAGCUGUUGAGCAUCUGCUUGGCGGGGGCAACUAAGAGUGUUAUGGUCGGCAGAGGAAUCGAAUAUCCUGAAAUCAGGACAAAAGCGUGAAUAAUGGGCAUGUCAACAUAUUGAGUUAUGGUGACCACACACACGAUGAUGGCGCAAGCUUGUGGCGCCUUUGAGUGAGGAGAUUUAUGGACGACACAGGCUUCUUUUUCUUUUGUUUCCUCCCCGCAGGAGCCGGAUUUCAAGAGCUUGCGAGCAUGGCAAUCGGGCGCGAUUCAAACAGUGUAAUUGUUUUAUUUUCAGUGACGACAAUACAAAGUAUGCGCACAUGGAGAAUUGAUACGAUGGUGAUGGCGAUGAUGGCUGUGCAUGCUUUGAAUGGUGCUGGUGUUGUGGUAUUCAAUACAUGGUAGCUCAAACCUAUCGCGGUUUAUGCCGGUGCAGUGUAC